AGCCACAAGUCUAGUUUGAAUGGAAUCGAUCAAAUUUGUAUAAAAUAUUAAUAAAGCUGCACCAGAAAUGCCUUUGCCAAGUGGAUAUAAAGAACCAGAUGACAGUCAGACAUGGGAAUUAGCAGAAAGAUGUCUCCUUCCAAUUGCAUUCUCGCAUGCAAUUGCAGUCAUCCUAGCAACUGUAUUAAAUACUUUGGGUAUAUCGCAAACAUCUAGUUUUGUUCUAUUCCUGUUGUUAUUGCUCAUAUCCAUAGGGUCUACGUUAUUCUACCACAAUCUGAAGGUAACUGCUGCAGGGAAAGCAGUUCUUAUUACAGGAUGUGAUUCCAGAGUUGGAUAUACUUUGAGUAAACAAUUAGAUGAAUUGGGAUUUACAGUGUUUGCUGGAUUUGGUAGCAAAGCAGAAAAUGAAGAGGCAAUGCAAAAAUUGAAACAAGAGGGUUCUGGCAGAUUACAUGUGUUACAAUUGGAUAUUACCAGCGAACAUGAUAUUCAUUCAACUUUUCUUUAUGUAAAUGAAAACUUGCCGGAUGGUGCACCAGGUUUAUGGGCAUUAGUGCAUGCUGCAGCUUGGGUGACCUUAGGUGAAUGCGAAUGGGUGCCUUCUUCUGUAUUGAAACGUAGCAUAGACAUAAAUUUCAUUGGUCUUGCUCGAUUAACUCAGGUUUUUCUACCUCUAAUUAGAAGAUCAAAAGGUCGUGUUGUGUUAGUCAGCAGUCUCUUAGCUCGUAUACCAAGCCCUGUUCGAGGCAUUUAUUGCGCAGUAAAGGCUGCAGUCGAAGCAUGGGGAGCCUGUCUUAGAUUAGAAAUGAGAAGAUGGGGAGUAGAUGUAGUUAUUGUUGAAACAGGUGAAUACAUAUCUGGGAAUGCAUGGUUAAAAGACAACAGUUCAUUGUUGGAACAGGCUAGAGACAUGUGGACUCAAUUAGAUCCUCAGACUCGUAAAGAAUAUGGCCAAGAGUUAUUUCAGAAGGAAAUGUUGGCUCUUGAAAAAUAUACUCAAGGUCCAGAAGCAGAUUUAACACCAGUGACAAGAGCUUUAACAGAUGGAGUUAUAAAAACCUUUCCAGUCAGAAGGUACACACCAGUUUUGCGUAAAGAAAGAAUACAAGCUUUAUGUAGUGAUUAUCUUCCAAAACCAGUUUACGACAUAUUAUAUACAAAUUAAUCAGAAGUGAAAGUAUGAUCAGAUACAAAUAAAAAUGUCAUAAUGUCAUCUAGGAUUUAAUAAACACUGCCUAUUGACAAUAAUAGUUUAUGUAUCAUUACAAAUAAUAAGACUAUUGUGUUUAAUUUAUUACAAUGUAUCGGAUUACACACAUACAAUUAUUUAUAAAUUAUUCUAGUCAACAAAGAAAAGUAACAAUCGAAAUAAGAUGUGAUAUAGUGUACGAAAGAACUUUUCAAUAGAAAAG